UGCCCCCGGGGACGCAGCAGGACGCGCCCCUCGCCAGGCUCCUCGAAAGCUGCCUAGGAGGAGCGCGCAUCACAGUGAUCCGCUGCUAGGCGGCAGCCGCCGAGCGCCGAUCACAUCGAUCAACAGCCAAGCGCAAGCAGCCGACGGCCGAGACAGCCUGCCAGGUUCGGGGCGGGCUUUGGCGCCUCGCUUCCGGGACGCCAGCGGAUGUUGGGGUUUGAAUCGGGUGGCGGUUAUGAUACUGCUGAGCCUUCGGCGUGAGGCUCGGAGCUGGGGAUGCUGCUUGCGGAGCUGCCGUAUGGUCCCUCAGUUCGAGUGCCCUAGAAGAUUGAAGACCUUGAGGGUGCCAGUGGCCAUUGCUGAGUGAGAAAAAACAUCUUUCAAGAGAAGUUCCAAAGAGUAAACAGCUAGAAGAAAGGUACUAGAAUGAAUGAAAAUACCCUCUGCCACUUCCAAAGCCCAGCCUGUGUCCUCUGUCAACGAACUGAUGACUGUCCCGAAAAAUAUGGAGAAAAGAGAACUUACAAGGAAUACAAUCUCACUAUUCAUUACUACUGCUUGUUGAUGUCAAGUGGAAUUUGGCAGAGGGGUGAAGAAGAUGAAGGAGUUUAUGGGUUUUUAAUCAAGGACAUUAGGAAAGAAGUAAACAGAGCUGCAAAACUGAAAUGUAAUAUCUGUAAGAAAAAAGGUGCUUCGAUUGGAUGUGUAGCACCCAAAUGCAAACGAAGUUAUCAUUUCCCUUGUGGGGUUCAAAGGGAAUGCAUUUUCCAAUUCAUGGAACAAUUUGGGUCAUAUUGUUGGGAGCACCGGCCAGUUCAGAAACUUCCAUCUGAUGAAUCUAGAGGCUCUUCACAGUGUACAAUAUGCUUGGAAUUUGUGGAGCACUUUCCAAUGUACAAUAUACUAAAAAGUCCUUGCUGUAAAAAUGCUUGGUUUCAUAGAGACUGCUUGCAGUAUCAAGCUCUCAGUGCUGGGGUAUUUUUCUUUAGGUGCACAGUGUGCAAUAAUAAAGACAAAUUUCAGAAUGAAAUGUUGAGAAUGGGAAUACACAUUCCAGAAAAAGAUGCAUCCUGGGAACUUGAGGAGAAUGCAUAUCAAGAUCUUCUGCAGCGUUACCAACACUGUGAUGCUAGAAGAUGUCUGUGCAGGAAGGGGAGAGACUAUCAUAAACCUGAUAGUAAAUGGGAAAUCAAAUGCUGUCAGUGUUGUGGUUCCCGUGGGACGCAUUUGGCCUGUUCCCCAAUAGAGUCAUGGGAGGAAAACUGGGAAUGUAUAGAAUGCAGAAGUAUCUUCGCUAAGUCAGGGAAUUACCAAAAUCAGAAAAAACGCUCGUUGGCUACCUCAGAAAAAAUAGACGUUACUGGUCGUUUGUUGGAAGAGCCCUCUCCCAAAUGCCCCAGACAGUCACCAGGAUCCCAGCACAGCUUUCUUCUCAGCUUUUCCCUUUCCAGGUCACCAAAGAUGUUGUACAAGGAGUCAAGCUGUUCAGGCACAUUAUUAGACCUUCCAGCAUCUAAUAAGAUGGUUAUGUCCAUAUCCCCACUGAUCAAUUCUUCAUCAAGGAAUCUAUCACUAAGAAGAAUGCAACUAAGAAUACAAAAAAGAGAAGCUUCUAAUAUACUGAGGGAGUUAAAGUUACAGGUUAAUAAUACAAAAACUACAAGACUGAACAUCAACAGAGACAAUAUCUGGAGUAGUGCCUUAAAAGGAUUCAGAGGGCGAAACUUCAAUCCUGCAAACACUAUGGAAGUGAAGUUCACAAAUUGCAAGGGUAGAGUAGAGACAGAUAUUUUUCAUGGAUCAAAACAUGAGUUUUUCCGAUUAUUAAUGCUUCAUCUUCAGAACUCAUCACUAUUUGAGGGCUCUUCCUCAAAGAACUUAUCUCUUGAUUCUCAAGCUAUAAAAGAGAAUUUAUACUAUGAAGCUGGCAAAAUGAUUGCAGUUUCUUUGGUUCAUGGUGGUGUACCUCCCAGUUUCUUUUCCAAAACUCUGUUUAACUGUCUUGUUUAUGGACCAGAGAAUGUGAAACCAACAGUGGAAGAUGUUGCAGAUUUUGAUGUAGCACAGACAAUAAAAAUGAUAAAAUCAUCAAGAACUCUGGCCAGCUUAAAAUCUACAAUAAGUGACUGCUAUGAAUAUCUUACUAUUGCUGGAUGUUUAAGACCUAUGACAACUCUAUGUGAUAAGGAUAUGUUGGUGAACGACUUACUGAUCUAUCAUGUAAUUAAGCGAGUUCAUUCACCUUUUGAAAGCUUUAGGCAAGGUUUGAAAACUCUUGGUGUACUGGAAAAAUUACAGAUGCAUCCUGAUGCGUUCUCUAGCAUAUUGUGUCACAAACCCGAGAGACUUUCAGCAAGAAUUCUUGGUGAUCUCUUUACAAUCCACUGUUUAUCAGGUGUAAACAAAGUCAAAGGUGUUGAUUUCUGGAUGGGUUAUUUACAAGAUGUGGAAGGUGAUGAGUCUGCAGCAACACUGGAAGACAUUCUGGUCUUUGCAACUGGUACCAGUUCUAUCCCACCCAUUGGUUUUGAGCCUGACCCCUCAGUUAAAUUUCUGCCUAUAAAAUACCCUGUUGGAAACAGACAACUUAACUGCUUAGAACUUCCAAUAACAAAGACGUAUGAGCAGUUUAAAAACAAAAUGGACUUUGCCAUCAGCAGCGCACUAAGACUAGAAGUAGAAUAAAUUUUUUUUGUUACUAAAGUCGAUGUCAUGAAUUCAAUUUUUCUGUUUGUGGGAUCUUCCUUCUUGUGAGCUGCUAUUACAUUUCUGAGCAUUGAUACCCUCUUUUUCCAUCUCAGUUUUCCCCCACUGGUUUACAAAAAUUGAUUUUGUUGUUUGUCCAAUUUAUUGCUCUAGUUUGGAACUUACCAGAUAGUCUAAGCCCAAAUAAGAUUUUUGUAAUUGGUCAUUUUAAGUUACAAAACUGUUUUUAAAAGUUGUAUUGGUUUAAUGCAUAUGCUCAGAAAUCAAACUUGUUUGCAGUUUUUUCAAGUGGAAAAAAAUAAUUGGACACGUCACUAGAGCAGUAGGCUAAAACGACAUUUAAAUUUGGAAAGUCAGUAGUUAGUGUACUUGUGUGCUGAACUUUUGAAGAUUAUACUACAAGAUAUAGAAAUUAAAAUUGAUAUAAAGACAUUUUCAGACUAAAAUUGGGGAUGUAAUAUUUUUAAUAUCUAUUGAAUCAUGUUCUUGUUGAAGUCAGAGUUUUGCCCUUGACUUCAAGGGGAACUGAUAGCAUAACACUUAAAAACUGCCAAUUUUGCUAUAGAUAUAUAUGCAAGGUUAUAAGUAUUUUCAGCAUGCUGUUCCCUAUCAGUAAGUAUAGGUAAUGCUCUACACACUGAAGUAACGUGAUUUAUCAAAGUCAAAGCAGGCACAUUUUUAAGGGUGAUCAACUCUAGAUUUUUAUAAUGUCUUUGAAAUAGCGGUGAUGGGACACUGCAUCAAUUCUACGGGUGUUUUUUCAGUUUGACAUUCAGUAAAUAUUUUUUUCCUUUUUAAAUAUUAAUGAUGUAUUAAAUCUACAGAAGAGAGAAAAUGUGGAGUUUAAAGCUGUUACUUUGUGUCCUUGGAAAAAUCAACCACAGUUCAGGGAAGACCAAGGAAAAUAAUGAAGUUUGAGAACUAAAUUUGCUUUUACUCUAAAUUUCUUGAUUCUUUGGGGUUUAAAUUAAAUCUUCGUCAUUUGCACAUGGAUUUUUAUAUAUCAGUGUUACGCUAUAAAUUGUUAUACAGAGUCAAAGGAAUAAAUAAAAUUCAGAAGUAAGAUCUGAAAGUGUGACUCUAAUAAGUGUUUUAAAAACUAAACAUGAAAUUAUUAGCCUUACAGCUAUUUCUGCGGUUUAUUCCCACUAUGCUAGUUAGAACAAGAUGUUCACAUUUUACUGG